AUGGACUGGGUAUUGGAUUCACAUGGGCUACCACUCAAACUUAGAAGAGGUGAUCUCACACCUCAAGCAAAGGGAUGGCAUGACAUAGUGAGGAGAUCACUAAUUCCUACUUCAAACAACUCCGAGGUAACAGUGAACAGAGCGAUAAUGAUCCACUGCAUAAUGAAAGGAGGGGAGAUUAAUGUGGGAGAAGUUAUAGCAAAUAACAUCAUUGACAUAGCUGAAAAGGUCAAACAAGACAGUUGGCUAGGAUAUCCUAGUACUAUUCUGCGCUUAUGUAAAGAAGCUAGAGUGCCUCUCGAAGAAUUUAAAGAAACUGACAUGGUGUCCAUUGGAAAGCCUCUCACCAAGGAAAGAUUGGAAUUUGUCACCACGACCCAAUUGGAGAGGCAACCUCUAGCAAGAAGAAAGAAAAGGAAAGAAGCAAGACAAGAGGAAGAGCGCCAAGAAAUGGAAGAACCAAGUACUUUGAACAUGAAUCAACUCCAAGCCGCUUUGGAAGGAAUCUCUGGGCAAUAUUCACAAAUUCAAAGAAGCCAAGAGGAACAAGCUCAACAACAAAGGGACUUUUGGCAAGUAAUGAAUCAGCAAAGAGAAGUUCAAGUUCAAUGGAUGGGUCAGCAAAGUGAAUAUCAAACACACAUGAUGGAACUACAACAAGAACAAUAUGACAAGAUGUGUGAAGUCAUCAACAACUCAGCUGCUGAAUAUGGAAGAUCCAUGGAGAAGGUAAUACAAGAACAAGCUCAACUAAGGAAAGAGCAAGCUCAGCAAAGGGAGCUUCUCCAUAGGAUGGAUGCUAGACAAGACACAUUUCACAAAGAAUUCAAUGAAAGCAGAAUGUUCAAGGAGGCCAGACAUAGAGACAGAAUUGAUUAUGAUAUAUGCACCCAAGAAAAACUCAGCUACCUUUGUGGAACACUCCCAGUACUCAACCCACAAAUCCAAAAAUUUAAUGAAGCACACAAGAUACUAGAAGAGCAGGAAAUUGCAACGGUAAAAUUUAAUGCUGAGAGGCUAAAGGAGAGGAUGAUAAGCUCAGGAAUAUGGAAAAGAGAAGAGGAGGACUCAACAACAAAACAACAAGGAGAAGUAAGAAAGAAAGAAGAAAGAAGAUCCAAAGGACAAAGGAAAGGGACAUAA